AUGGUAUCAAAAGUUAUCACAAGUUCAAGUUCAAGUGUUUCAGCAGAUACUCUUGAAGAAAUUGAGAAGAAUCACAAUCAUCCUCUAUAUUUACACCCUUCAGAUACUCCAGGCAGUGUAUUAACUUCAGUUCAACUCACAGGAACUGAAAACUACUCGUUAUGGAGCAGGUCAUUGAUGAUAAAUUUGCGUGCAAAGAGAAAAUUAGGCUUUGUACUUGGAUCUUGUGGAAAGUCAGAUUAUAAACCUGAAUUAGGGGAACAAUGGGAGAAGUGUAAUGUGUUUGUGUUGUCUUGGAUUAUGAACACAGUUUCUAAGGAGUUGUUGAGUGGGAUUGUGUACGCAUCUAAUGCAGCCAUGGUUUGGGAAGAUCUGAAUGAAAGAUUUAACAAGGUUGAUGGUUCAAGAAGUUAUAAACUUCAUCGAGAAAUAUGUACUCUUCAUCAAGGUAAUCUUACAGUAUCAAGUUAUUUCACAAAAUUGAGAGUGUUAUGGGACGAAUUUGAUGCAUUGGUACCUCCUCCUACUUGUGAUUGUGAUAUAUCAAAGAUGUAUAUAGAUCAUUUACAGUUUCUGCGACUGUUUGCUUUUUUGAUGGGAUUAGAUGAAAUAUGCAGCCAUACAAGAAGCCAAAUCUUGAUGAUGAAUCGUCUUCCAAAUGUAAACAAAGCAUAUGCUAUGAUAACUUCUGAUGAAAGAAAGAAUGUUAGUGGUAGUUAUGAUCCUAUGGCAAUGUAUGUUGGACGAGGAAGUUAUGGAAAUACAGGAAACAAUAGCAAUUUUAAACAAAAGAAGAAUUUGCAUUUGGUAUGUGACUACUGUAAGUUGCAUGGUCAUACAAAGGAUAUAUGUUUUAGAUUUAUUGGAUAUCCACCAGAUUGGAAAUUCAAGAAGAAAUUUGUACCUACUCAAGAUGUGCAAAAUGCAGGGAAAGCAAAUCAUGCAUAUGUUGAUAAUCAGAUCAGAGAGGAAUUUGAGUUUGUGCAGUGA